UCUAAAUAGGAAAAGACUUUGAUCGUGAAGAAAAGCGACGAGAUCUGACCUUUUUCCUCUCUCGGACGGCCCUGUCUCCAAGGGUCCUCUCUCAAAUAUCUCUCCCUUAGAUUUCUAUUCCAGCGUUUUCUAUUUCAUUUGGAGACACCAUGGGUGUGGAGGUUGUGGGAUUUGAAGCGGCCCCGGCACCUGUGGAGGCUGGAACUGAAGCAGAAAGUGCUUUGUUGCAUGACAAGGAGAAUGGGAAACUCGAUCAAGGACCCGGAGUUACUGAGCCCAUAAAAUUUGGUUCUCAUGGAGAUGAGCCUGUUAAAGGGGAAGGAAAUAAUGUUUCUGAUAACUUUCCAAAGGAUGUGGUUGACGAGUGGCCUGCACCUAAGCAGAUUCAUUCAUUUUAUUUUGUCAAAUAUAGAUCUUAUGAUGAUCCGAAAAUAAAAGCCAAACUUGAUCAGGCUGAUAAAGAGAUUCAAAGGAGGAAUCAGGCCCGAUUUCAAAUCACUGAAGGAUUGAGGGCCAAAAAGUCUGAUCGAGCACAGAUGCUUUCUCAGUUGAAGUCUCUGAAAGCUGAGGAUGAGCAGUUCAGAAUGAUUGUGGAUGGGAAGAGAAAGGAAAUGGAACCUCUGCAGCAUGCUCUGGGAAAGUUGCGCAGUACAAACAGUGCUAACCGAGAGAGGGGUGGUACUCUAUGUUCAUCUGAGGAAGAACUUAAUGAUCUUAUUCAAAGCUUACAUUACCAUAUGCAACAUGAGAGCAUCCCGUUGGCUGAAGAGAAGCAAAUCCUUAGGGAAAUCAAACAGCUUGAGGCAACAAGGGAAAAAGUUAUUGCUGGUGCUGCUAUGAGGGCAAAGAUUCAGGACUCAUUGGGUCAGAAAGAGGCCAUCCAAGACCAGGUCAAACUUAUAGGUGUUGAUUUGGAUGGGGUGAGGAAGGAGAAGCAAGUUGUCAUGGCCAAAAUCAAGCAACUUAGGGAUGAUUUGAAGGGCAUAGACAGUGAGAUUGAUUCUUUGAUGGAGGAACUGAAGGCUGUGUCAGAAAAGAGGGACAAAGCAUAUGAAGGUCUUCAGGCACUGAGAAAACAGCGUGAUGAGGGUAAUGCACAUUUCUACCAAAACCGUGCUCUCUUGAACAAUGCCAGAGAGCUUGCUGGGAAGAAGGAUAUAAAGGCCCUUGAGGAACUUUCACAUUCUGAGGUUGAGAAAUUUAUGUCAUUGUGGAGCAGCAAUAAAGCUUUUAGAGAAGAUUAUGAGAAAAGAAUUUUGCCAUCAUUGGACAGUCGUCAAUUGAGUAGGGAUGGACGAAUGAGGAACCCCGAUGAGAAGCCAUUGGUGGUAUUGGAAGCACCAACACCCUCUGAAACAGAGACAGUGGCAAAAGCUCCUGUCAAACGAUCUAAGGAAGAUUCCAAGCCGCCUCCACAACAUGAUACUCUUCCCUCCCAGAAGGUCCAGAAAGAGGCAAAUGAUAGAGCUACAGAUUCAGGAAUUACUUUGGAACGUGGUGACAAAGAAGAGAAGGAGAUCAUUCCUGGGCUAGAAAAACAUCAAAAGGGUCCUUCCUUGGACAAUGAAGUUGAUGCUGCAAAGUUGAAGGAAAUGAAGAGAGAGGAGGAGAUUGCAAAAGCUAAGUUGGCCUUGGAAAGGAAGAAGAAGCUGGCAGACAAAUCUGCAGCCAAGGCAGCCAUAAGAGCUCAGAAAGAGGCUGAAAAGAAGCUCAAGGAGAGAGAAAAGAAAGCAAAGAAGAAGGCUGCUUCAUCUGCAACAGCUACCAAUGAGGAACCAACUGAAGCAGCAGAUGCAGAGGUGGUUGAAGUGGAAAAGACCAAUGUGAAUGUUGAACCUCCAGUCCCAUCAAAGACCAAGGAACAAAAGGAGAACACUAUCAGGCACAGGAAUAAAAAAAGAGGCCCAGAUUCUCUUCCAAGAGCCAUCCUUAAGCGGAAAAAGACAACAAACUACUGGAUAUGGGCUGCUGCUGCUGCUGCUGUUUUGUUAGUACUGCUGCUUGUAGUGGUCGGAUUCCAUUAUCUCCUCUGAAGAUUGAAGCUAGAGUUAAAUGAGUUAUGGGCCAAUUUUCUGCUUGAUGAGCUUGUGAGUGCCUAGGUCUGUAGUCUUAAACUCCAUUCCUUGUUCUUUACAUCCUAUUAGAGGGAUGGACUCAAACUCAUAAUGUUGUUGAGUAGCUCAGUCAAUCUGAAACAUCUACUGAUGGAGCAACUUUAUACAUUUGGUUUGGUUGUUGAAUUUUCAAAUUUUGACUUUGAUCAGAUAUCAUGGAUGUUAUCUUAAACAUUUUGCUAUUUACAGAAAUGCAAUGUUUAUACAGGCAGAUUAGUAGUUGGAUGAUGAA